ACGUGACGUUCCAAAGUUCAGAGGCUCAGACGCAGAGCCCCAGACUGUAUUUUGACAAAUGAUUGGUUGACAAUUUGCCACGCUGUCAUCCCGUUAAGUUCUCAAUAUUUAGAGAGAUAAUAUGCCUACUUGAAUUUUAAAGAUGUAAUAUUUAUUUUCAACAUUAAACUUUAACUGAUUGUGUAUACUAAAGAACUGAGAAACUAUUCCUGAAAAUUAAAAUACACUUGUUCUAGCUAGUUUACGUACGUACCUAGGCCUAUGCUGACAAAAUGGAUCAUGAUGACAUAUUUUUAGAUUCUUCUUCCUUUGUGGCUACAGAUCAGAUUACAGGAAUUUGGUCAUUUUUGAUGAGUAUUGACUGGAGCGAGGGCUGGUUGCAGGCAACACUUGCCUCGUACAUCAUCUUGAUAGUCACUAUUCUGCUGCUGAGACACUUCUUCUAUGUACUAGUGGGGCUGUUCCUGCUCAUUCUUAGUGUUGUUUAUAAUGCUGAAACAAUUAACAAGUAUGGAGCACAGAACUGGAACAAGUUCAGCAGACAGCAAUACUUUGAUUCAUCUGGGAUGUUCAUCAGCCUAGUAUUUUCCUUGCCUUUGAUCUGCAUAAGUCUAUUCAUCAUGAUUCUCUGGGUCUACCAGUCAGCUCAUCUUCUCAUUUCUCUCAAGAGGAAGGAACUCAUAGGUCAUGCUGAAUGCAGUACAAGCAAAAACAAAAAGGAUCAAUGAUAAAAAAGGUCUACAUUAUCAUUUCUUCUUCACUGUAAUGCUGUUACAAUUUUUUUAAGAAAUAAUUUAUUUGUCCCCACAAUUGUGCCUGAAGUUGCAAAAUUGGUAUGAUAUAGUUAUAGCAAAUGCGGUAGUCUAUGUCAGUAGUUCAACCCACAAAUUCAAGUUAUUGUCAGGAUUGAUGGGAUACUCAUUACUUACAAACGGACGAUUAGAGUUAACUCACGUACGUCUUUACUUUUUCGUUUUUAUGGUCGACUUUCUGGUCUAGUUUUGCGGAGAGAAAUUUUAUAACACAAAACCCAUUUUGUAGUCGGAUCUUUCGCCUUCCCGAGAGUUUUCUAAUGAAUCUUCGGAGCAUUAGCAAAAGUAACUUGUCACCACCAUCCCAUGAUAGAUUUAGAAUGAAACGUACACAAUUAAAAUUGCACUACAA